AAAUAUUUUAGUAAUGGAAGUCUCGUCUAUAAACAAAUACAUGAUAUGAAAACUACUUAAUGGUACAUAUAAUUACAGACACGAUCAAGCAAAAUGCAGGCAGAAGAUGCGCGCUACUUAAAAAGGAAAGUUAAAGGUGGAACCAUAGAUAUUCACCCCACAGAAAAGGCUCUUGUUGUUAACUAUGAACUGGAGGCAACCAUACUUGGAGAGCUUGGAGAUCCAAUGCUGGGAGAACGGAAAGAAUGUCAGAAAAUAAUAAGAGUGAAGAGUCUGAAUCCAAACAGUGACCUGUCAUCCCUGGCCAAGGAGAUUAUUGACAAGUGUAAACUCAUCCACCCCAGUAAGCUGCCUGAAGUAGAACAGCUGCUGUAUUACCUACAAAACCGCAAGGAAUCUGAACCCACCAAAGCUUCUGGAAAAACCCAACUGCAGGAAAAGCCAGAAGUUCCAACAUAUGAUGCAACAGAGAUAGAUGAGGUGGCAAACAUCAAUGAUGUUGAUGAUUACAUGGAACUUCUGUAUGAAGAUGUCCCAGAAAAAAUCAGAGGCUCAGCUCUCAUCUUACAGUUAGCCAGAAAUCCAGAUAAUUUGGAGGAACUUUUUCAGAAUGAAACUGUGGUUGGAGCAUUGGCACGAGUGUUACGAGAAGACUGGAAGAAAAACACAGAACUGGCCACAAAUAUUGUUUACAUUUUCUUCUGCUUCUCAAGUUUCACACAAUUCCAUGGUGUCAUUCUCCAUUUCAAGAUUGGGGCUUUAUGUAUGAAUGUUGUAGAGCAUGAGCUGAAGAAAUAUGAUAUGUGGAAUGAGGAGCUACAGAGGAAGAGGAAAGCUGCUGAGGGAGAAAAAGACAAGAGGACAAAGGAGGACUUUGAAAAAAGUUUACAAAAAUAUGAUGGAUUGGUGAAAAAACAAGAACAACUCCUUCGAGUGGCAUUUUACCUGUUACUGAACCUGGCAGAGGAUCUUAAGGUGGAGAUGAAGAUGAGGAAUAAAAAUGUUGUGAAGAUGCUGGUGAAAUCAAUGGAGCGUGACAACUUUGAGCUUCUCAUCCUUGUGGUGUCCUUCCUCAAGAAACUUAGCAUCUUUAUUGAGAACAAACAAGAAAUGGCCCAGAUGAACAUCAUGGAGAGAUUCGUGAAGAUUGUUCCGUGUGAACAUGAAGAUCUACUCAACAUCACACUACGAUUACUCCUCAAUCUUUCCUUUGAUGCCGAUCUACGCAGCAAAAUGAUAAAGUUUGGUCUCCUUCCUAAACUUGUUGGCCUUCUGAAUAAUGAGAAUCAUCGCCUGAUAGUCCUCUGUAUCCUGUACCAUAUCAGCAUGGAUGACAAGUCUAAGUCGAUGUUUACCUACACUGACUGUAUACCCAUGGUGAUGAAAAUGUUCCUUGAGAGCCCAGAGAACCCUGAUCUAGAAUUAUUAGCGCUCUGUAUAAACCUGGCUGCCAACAAACGCACAGCCCAGAUCAUCUGUGAGGGCAGUGGUCUGAAGAUGUUAAUGAAGAGAGCAUUCAAGUUUAAGGACCCUUUGCUUAUGAAAAUGAUACGGAAUAUAUCACAGCAUGAUGGACCUACGAAAAAUUUAUUUAUUGACUACAUAAGUGAUCUCGCUGAAGCAACCCUGAACUGUGAUGAUGAAGAGUUUGCACUGGAAGCCCUUGGAAUCCUAGGGAACUUGACCAUCCCUGACCUGGAUUAUGAGUUAAUUCUGCGUGAAUAUAACCUGGUGCCAUGGAUCAAAGAGAGACUUAUGCCAGACAGUUCAAGGUCGGCUGAGGAUGACAUUGUACUUCAAGUCAUUAUCCUUGUUGGAACUGUGUGUAAUGAUGAUGCCUGUGCUAAGAUGUUAGCAGAGUCUAACAUCAUACAGUGUCUUAUUGAACUUUUAAAUGCAAAACAAGAAGAUGAUGAGAUGGUGUGUCAGAUUGUCUAUGUAUUCUACCAGAUGAUUUUCCAUGAGUCAACGAGAGAAGUCAUCAUUAAGGACACUCAGGCUCCAGCCUACCUGAUUGACCUCAUGCAUGACAAAAAUGCAGAGAUUAGGAAAGUCUGUGACAACACUCUGGACAUCAUAGCGGAGUUUGAUGAAGAGUGGGCUAAAAAAAUCCAGUUGGAGAAGUUUCGCUGGCACAAUUCCCAGUGGCUCGAAAUGGUGGAGACGAGACAGAUGGAGGACAUGGCCGAUCCAUACAUGUACCCCGAGGAUGAGUAUGACCCCUACCUCCAGGAUGCUGACAUCCUCGACCGACCAGACCUGUUCUAUGGAGGUAACAAGGAUGCAUAUGACAAUGGAAUCAUGGACGGACACCUCACACCAGAGUACAUUGACGAGAAUGGAAUGUAUGAUGGCAAACCCUAUGGUUAUGGAUAUGGUCCAGAUGUAGAUGAUGCAUACGAGCCCUAUGCCCGGCCUGAGUCCCACAUGGGCUUUGUAAUGGAGGGUGGCCAGGCAACAGAUGAGUAUGGAAAUCUGCUAGACCCAUACAGUCAGCCAAUGGACAAGUAUGGUCAUCCGAUGAUGGAUGAGUAUGGCCGCUACAUCAGUAACGAUGCGCCAGAUGAAGAAGACUACAAUCAAUAUGGCUAUGGCAUGCGGUAGCUCCUGCGUGUAUUAGUUACAUUCCCACCACUACAUGUAAACUACAGAAAAUAUGGUCACACAUUGAUUCAGCAUAUAGCACUUUAUUGUAAUACUGAAUAACAUCUAUUUGAAGAUAGUGUGAAAAUAGCAGGUAGUGAACACACCAUUACUCGUACAUUCAGUCCAUAAAGAAAGGAACAAUAUUUAAAAUGCUAAUUAUCCUCCAGUGCACUUCCUAGUUUGUUGAAGUUGCUAACCUUAUGUAAUCCUUUCAUUCCUUCCUGUGUACCUAUUGCAGUAUGCUCAAUUUCUGUAAUUUGAUAUCAGUACCCAGAAGAUUGAUAUUGUAACAUACCUUACAGCUUUUGGUCAAAGAUCACAUGACCAAGGUGGUGCCAGGUCACUAAGGUGUCAGGUCACUAAGGUGCCAGGUCACUAAGGUGUCAUGAUCAGGUCACUAAGGUGUCAGGUCACUAAGGUGUCAGGUCACUAAGGUGCCAGGUCACUAAAGUGUCAUAUAUUUCUCUUAAAGCAAUAACACAAUCUUCAUAUUAUACAAGAAACCACGUGCUUAUAUACUGCAAUACAGAAAAUAGCAUUUUGUUAUUAGUGUAUAAGCAUUUAAAUUGGCUAAAGUGGCAGUGUUUUGUGGUGUGAUAAGCUAAAUCUUUCCUAGAUUCACUUUACAAUUGAGUGUAAGUUGACUAUAGAAUGUUGUAUAUGAUGAUAUUGCGACAGCUGGUUUCUACUAGUACAUAGCUACAGAACUUUUUAUAAGAUAGAAAAUUAUUGAAGCAUGCAUCAUGGAAAAUGAGGUUAAGGUUAUAAGUAAAGAGUGCUUUUCAUCAUUCCGUGUGUCUUUUGUUCAUCAUAAUAUUGUAUAUACACACGUACAGAGGUACUAGUGUUCUUAAGAUUAUUUAUAUGAAAAAAACUAAUGUAAUUGAUGCAUUUAUGUCUCAUGCAAUCACUUAUUCUAUUUUUUCGAAUCUCUUCUAUAAAUCCUGAUCAUUUCUUCUGUAUUUUUGAAGAGUUUGUGAUCUGUUUUCCCGUAUUGUCCACGGUAUGCUUUCAGUUUGUGAUCUGUUGUCCCAUGUUGUCCAUGGUAUGCUGUAAAUAUGUGUGAAAUGUUUCCGAAGUGCCACAUAUGCUGAGUAAAGAUCUCUAUUUCUUCUGGGUCCAAUAUUCCACAGACUCACAAACACCAAAUAUUUUUAUCAUACCCCUGUCAGCCCUUCAUUUUUUGUAGUUACCCUAAUUUUCAUUAUUUGUUGUUUAGCAGAAUUUAACUUCUGGAUAAGAUUUUAAAGAUCUUUUUUCUCCAAUUUCUUUAUAUAUAUUGAACAGCACACCUCAGUUGUGUCUUUUUGUUUAUUUUUUAAAUAAAUUUGUUCUCGGCAAUGAGAAGCUGAUUUGAGUCAUCUUUUUUCAUGAAAAAGGAUAACAUACAGUAUGUCGAAAAUCAGCACUAGAAAAAUAUCAACUGAAUGACUCUCUUACACUUUACACAUGUUGGUUUAUGAAUAAGUGUAUGUGUAAUUGGUGAUGUUUGUGCAAGGAGGUUUUGAAGCUUUUUAUAUUUGAUCUAGACUAAGUAUGGCUACAUAAUCAUUUUAAACAAACUUUUGCAUAUUUGAUUACAAGGUAGAAGUUGAAGUAAGGUAAUAAUUUAUAAAGGAUCCCAAGUUGUGAUCUGUUGGUACUGCGUCUACAGAUUGUUAAUGUGUGUGAGUGUUUUUUGUUGAUGUAUUUUCUAUGUUUUUUUCAGUUCCGUCCACAAAACGAAAAAAUCAAUUUUUUACAUAUUUAUCUUUUAGUCUCAUUUUAAUGAAUGUUUCAACGUGCUGUGAUGAUGUGUUUCAUUAUUUACCAAAUCUUGUGUACUGUUAGGCAUUGCAGGUACUUUACCAUGUAUCAUUUCAUACAUACCUAUUCAAAUGUCAUAACUCAAUGUGUUCUCAUUUAAAACAGAUUAAAACUGCAGCUAUUUUAGUGUUCUGGCAUGUUAAAUGCAAAAAUAUGCUUUUAUAGAAAUUUACAUUAUUUCAGUUCUCACCUUAAUGGUCAAUACAGACAGUGGUCUCAUUGAUCUAUUAUUGUCAACAGCAACAAAUUUGGGCACACUUUGAACUAGUAAUAGAAUGAUUGCACACAAAUGUUUAAAUUUUCUUCAUCUUUUAUGCAUGUGUAUGAGGCCAUCAUGGUUUGUGAUCUAUCUUUAUUGAUACACCUGUAUGGUAUUGGUAGACUGUAUGAAUUAUAGUAACAAGAUAAGGAAAAUACAAGUAAUCUUUAAGUUAUUUAGUUAUUAAUAUAUAUGUAUUGAUUUCCAAAUGCAAUAACACUCUCAUCACUAUGUUGUUUACUUGUAUUGGUUGUGAAGUAUGUAAGUUGUGUGUGUGAGAGUGUGAGAGGUGAGUGUUGGUGAGUUAAUGUCUGUAAUGCUGAACAGUUUACAUCGGUAGUAGUCAGCUAGACAAAGUCUCACAGCAGAUAGGAGUUAUUGUACAAUAAAAACACCCAACAAACUAGUGCAAAUUAAGUAAAUGUGCCAGUUGCUUGUAAAAUGUUUAGACAUCCAUAUAUCAAUGGUAUGCAGUCAAAACAAUACUGACUUUACAUUUGUUGCAGACAGAUUUGUGCCUAGAUCUGUGUUACAUGAAUAAACAUUAAUUACAUGACCAAUAUAA